AUGCCUCGCAAAGCCACCGCCAGCACCGCCGAGGGCGCCCCAGAGACAUCUACAGAGCCUCGUCGCUCAACCAGGAUCAAGGAUCAACCAAAGUCAGAGCCAGUGAAGAAGGCUGCGCCGAAGUCUAGGGCGAAGAAGACCGCUGAGGGCGCCGCGGACGACAAGCCUGAGAAACCCAAGGCUGCUCGAGGGAAGAAACGCAAAGAAGUUGAGGAGCCUGAGGCUGCUGCUGAUGCUGCUGAGGAGGGCGCAGACGCCGUCGAACCCCCAGCAAAGAAGGCCAAGCCUGCGUCUAAGGCUAAACCCGCGUCCAAGGCUGCUGCUGCUGCUAAGCCUGCGUCCAAGACCGCUGCUGCUGCUAAACCUGCAUCGAAGGCAUCCAAGCCUGCGUCCAAGGCCUCUGUCAAGCCUGCCUCUCGCGCUGCUUCAGCCAAGCCCGCUUCGAGAGCAGGAUCCAAGAAGCCUGCAUCCAAGGUUGAUACACAACAACCGGCAGCUGCUGCCGCCGUUGGCGAAACUAUUGAAGAAGAGCCCGAGGCUGAGGCCGAGGCCGCUGCUGUCGAGGCUUGAGUGCAGAAGAUCCAUCACCACCACCGUUGUCUGCUACCCCCACCACCUCGGCGACACCGAUAAUAUGCAUGGCGAUAAGAGCCAACAUACGAUCCCGAUCCUACCUUAUCUAUUGUCAUGAACAACACUCAAACCCGAAACGAAACCCAACGUCUUUUCCUCCUUCCUGCCCCCCCUCUCUCUCCAUCUCUGUCGUGCUAUCGCUGUUUCUUUUUAUUAUUCCUUCCCAUCUUGCUUUCUCGUCGUUGGCUCAUCCAGAACUCGUGUGUGUGUGUGUACAACACAAAACAAAGGAAGUGUAGUGUGAUUCCACGGUCAUUUAGAUGAUUAUCGUGUAUGUUGUACUUCGUACCUCCUUUUCUCCCCUCCUCCCACCUUUCAUUGUUUCAAUCCAAUCCUAUUGGUCGCGCCUUCUUCACCACCCAUUGGUCAGGUCAUCGUUUCUAUCUUUUACCAAGUUCUUGUAUUAGUCUUUUCUUCUUUUCUUGACACCGCGAGCUGCUCCUUUCUUCCUUAA